AUGACUCAAAAGGAAGGUUCCGGCGAGGUUCAAAUCUCUGCUUCCGGUGUUCACAUUAUGAACGUUAAGCAGGAAGCCGGCAAAAAGAUGAAGGACGCCAAGAAGAAGAAAGCUAAAGACUCAAUCGGAGCGAGAGUCAAGAGGAUGAAGAAGAAAGGUGGCAAGAGCGCCUCCUCUGGACCUCACUUUCCCUCGCUCUUGAAGAGUCAAGACGUUGUCAACCUUAUUGUUCAAGCUCACGGCAAGAGUGACCUAGCUAGAGCUUGUACCGAAGAUGAAACCCCCAAAACUGUUCCGGAGGGUUGGUUCUGUGUUCACGAGAAGUAUAUCUCUAAGUGUCAUCUUAGGUUCCCUCUCCCCACCCUCUUGCUAGAUCUCCUAGACCAUUAUCAACUGGCCAUUUCCCAACUUUGUCCCUCGGUCAUCCGAGUGAUAAACGGAUUCAUCACUAGGGCUAAGGAAGAAGGAGUCAUCGUGGGGCUGACUAAGCUAAUGAGUCUCUUCCUGAUAAAGGAGAGCACUACCAAGGAUGGCGGAAGCGGUACCUACUACCUCCCUUGUCGUCCAGGGCUUGGCAUCUUCAAGUUUACGGCCAGUGAUGAUGACUGGCGGAAGAAGUAUUUUUACGUCAAGAUUGACCCUUCGACGGUCCCUGUAGGCCGAGACCUCAGGGCCUCUUGGUCUGACAUUUCUGAGAUUAAGGACCCUGUCAAGUUGUCCGGUAAACUUACCAGAGCUCUCCAUAGGAAGCUGCAGCACAGCCCCAAUACCUGGAUAGCUUAUACUACCACGAGAGUCGGAUCAGCUAGGACUGAAGAUUCUCCUUAUGGUUCAGUUUCUGAAGGUGAAUCGAUAUUCUCAGUCUCGUCGGGAGCCAGAAGCGACAAGAAUCAAGGAGGGUCCUUCCUCCGCACGGUGAAGGAUGUCCUUGACGAUGGAGGCUCUGCUCCUGCCAAAGAUGCCAGUCGCUCCGAGCCCAAGGUUCAAGAAGUUGUCCCUCACCCUGAGGUCCCAAAGGUGGAAGCUGAUCCUCAAAUAGUGAAGGAUACUCACGAGUUCGAGCCUACGAGGAGCAAGAGGUCCAGGACCGACCAGGUUGACAGACCUUCCAGGUCCCCUUCCUCUUCCUCUAGAGGAGGGACCGUCGGCUGGAACUUUACUCACUUGAAGCCUAGAUCAGUCUUGGAUGACUCAUGGGGUUUAGCUACACUGAUGAGGCAUAUGAAGAGAACCGGGUGCGCUCUCCCCUCGAUCACCAACCUCUCAAACAAAGAGGAGUACGUUGAUAUUGCCCAUUGCAUGGGUCAGCUGGCUGGAGCUAUCAACAGGGCUCAGUUCAAGUUUGAGGAAACUGUGCACAAUGCCCCCAACGCUGGUGAGCUGGCUCAGGUUACUGAGCUAGUCAGAGCAACUAAGAUGGAACUUGAUCAGGCUCGGGUUCAGGUCUCUGAACUUCAAUCCGAGGUCAAGAGACUUGGCUCCAAGGCUGACAUUCAGCAAGGGACGAUCGAGAGUCAAGCGAUUGACAUCCAGGUGAAGAGCAGGAAGAUUGGGGAGUUGGAUGCUGCUCGGAAGAUAGCCGAGUACCAGGUCAAAGAGCUGAUUUCUUCAUCCCAAGACAACCAGAAGAACAAGGAAGCUGAGGAGAAGUUCUCCAAGAAGAAGGAUGAGGUCGAUCUUCUGGUUUAUGCUCAAGAGCUUCAAGCUAAUACUGAGCUCCUGAAAGACAUGCUGGACAACGAGAUCAAGAGUGCUGAAGACGAGUAUACUCGCUUGGUGGCUAUGAUGCCGGAGGCAGUUGCUGCGUAG